AUGUGUAAAAUUAAAAGGCUUAGAGUUUGUGUGGUUCGAAUGUUCUACUUGGUUAUACCUUUCGGCAUGGAAUUGGGCCGGGUUUGGAGCUCUCAAUACAAUUCUUGGGCAACCUUGUUCAAGAUUCACGCAAGAGCUUAUCAGGUUCUCGACCACAUUAUCAAACCUUCUGCAACUCCAACAAGCAAGAAGAAAGCCUCGUCCACCGAGGCCUCCACCACCGAGGACCCUGAUUUGUGGGAUCGCUUUGAUGCGAUCGUCCUACAAUGGAUAUACGAAACCAUCUCUAAUGACAUCCUCCACACUAUUCUCGAGCAUGAUGUCACCGCCAUGGAAGCUUGGAAUCGGUUAGCCGAUCUCUUUCAUGGCAAUCAAAUUACCCCUGCUGUCCAACUCGAGAAUCAGCUUUCUCAGGUUCAUCUUGAUGAUUUUCUGAACAUCACUACAUAUUGUCAGCGUAUUAAGAUGUUGGCUGAUCAACUCGGCAACGUCGGGGCUCCGGUUUCCGAUCAAUGA